GAGCCCAUUUUGCUCUUCCUUCAUCUAGGCGCAAGUCGUUUAUUACUUUCCUCAGCUUCAAGUGGUUCCUUUCUGCCAAUGAGUUUAUAGGUGUGAGGAGCCUUUCAGAGUUGCAGGCUGAACACUUGGUUCACGUCACUAUGAUGACUACUCGUAAGGCUGAGCUUGCUAAGAAACAGGGGAAGAGGCCUGCCAAACCUUCCUUCUCGAGCAGAGAUAGGAUGGAGGAUGAUGAAGAGCUCCUUCCUACUGGCGAUGAGGACGAGACUUCUGAGGAGGAGUAUGUGGAUACAGAUACUGACAAGGAAGAACCUAACACAGGUAGGACAGUCGAUGAGCAUGAGUCGCUCGCUUCUCGCUAUGCGAGAUCCCGGCCUAGCGGCAAAGCUCCUGCACAGGUCGAGAUGCGUAGCAAGUUCAUGCAUGAACGGCCCGUUGGUUCUGUGAGGGUUGGUACUCUGAAACGGAAGAAGACCACUCAUAAACUACAUGUUGGUCGGCGCCCCUAUGGAGUGGAGUUAGGAGGUAUCGCCGAUUGAGAGGAAGGAAACUAUGAAGAGGGCGAACUUCCACAGGAUUCUGUAUUCCCUGAUUCUGAUCGUCUGGAUAGCUUCAUGCAGCAGAUGUGUGAUGCCAUUCACGGCGAGCCCAUGGAUGUUGACACGAACAUUGAUACUGAGCAGGUAACUUGAAGAAUCCAAGCAUGGACAUCGGGGAAAAAGAAUCUUCUAUUCCUACUGCAGAUGUCGUAUUAGAGAGGCCAGUUGAGGAUGAGGCCUUUCAUGAUACAGGUCUUGAGGAACAGGGAUAUGUCUCCGCACCAAGUUUCUCAGGAUCCGAUAUUGGACUAUUAGUCGACAUGCUAGCUGAGCAGGCCACCAGAGGAGCCGCAGGACCAUCCUUUGAGAAUGAUUCAUCUACAGUACCAGUCAUUGGGACUGGUUCAGUCAUGAUUCCCGGCAUCUCUAGUUUACCUCGGGGUGAUGGACCCGGAGGACCAGCCACCAGGACUGAUACUCUUAUGGCUCCUGGCGUUUCCCGUGUGCCUGAGGAUGAUGGACUUGCAGGACCAGCCGUUAUGACUGAUGCAACUACAGUUUCUGGGACCGAUAGCUUGCAUAACAACGGUAUCUCCCCGCCACAGCCAGGAGGUACUACUGAUUUGCCUACAGGGGUUGACAUACCCUCAAUGACCACCUCUGUUGUUAUCUCGGAGCCCGCUGACACUAGACUAACGGAGCCGAUUGUCAGACCUCAAUCCGAGGGGACCUCCGUUGGCGUUGGAUCUCGGCCUUCUCCGUAUGAUCAUAUCCUUGCCAUUUUGUCUGAUUCCGAUCCCAGCAGAGAGGUAUUCCGCAUGGAUCUCAACUCUUUCGUCGUCUUCUUUAAUAGCAUGAUCGAGAAGGUUCUUCGUCAGGGAUACGGCUUUGAUCAGUUCAGACGUUCUCUUUCUCGCUAUAUGACGAUGAUCCGAGAUGACGGAUAUUUGGAGUUAGCUGACUCUCUUACUGCCGAUUUUAUUGUCUUGGAGUCUGAGUUCCGAGAGUUGGAGGAGCUAAAGGCUAGCGGAGCUUCUUCCUUUGUGUCCUCUCAGUUGGAGCAUAGGUUGUCACAAUGGCGUGAUUUGAGAUCUUCCAUUGGCAGUAAGCUUCAGUCAUAUGAGCAUUCUGUUACACAGCUGAUGGCUGGUAUUGCAAGAAAGGAUACUGAUAGAGCCGAGUUACUCAGUUCUUUAGACUCUCACCAUGAGGAAGUAGACAAGUUGAGGAAGGCCUUGAAGCACGCCGAGGAGUCUGUUGUUAUCAUAGCAGAAGAGUUGGCCGGACUAGAGAAGUCUCGCGAACAGAUGCUUGAGAGAUUAGGACCUACGCAGGAAAGAUUGAUGAAGCUGAAAAAUAAAGCUGCGAAGAUCUUGAGCAAUUCUGAAGAAUCUAUCCGAGCUGACCUGCAAGCAGAACUUGAGCAGAGUUAUACGGAUAGGCUUUCUAAGUUAGAAUCUUGUGUUCUUAGUCGCCGACUGCCUUCGGGCUGAUGAGUCCUUUUUUUUUAUGCUCUGAC